UAAAUUCUUGUCACAUUAGUAUUAUUUUGUGUUAAGUUGUUAAUUUUAAAUAUGCCACACGGUCAUUCACACGAUCAUGGACACGGCUGUGGUCACGAGGCGACCGAUGUCGACCAUGCCCUGGAAAUGGGCAUCGAGUACAGUUUGUAUACAAAAAUCGACCUCGAAAAUACAGAGUGUUUGAACGAAGAGAAUGACGGCAGCGGCAAAACUGUAUUUAAGCCAUACGAAAAGCGUCAGGACACGAGCAAGUAUGUACAAAGUGAUGCAGAUGAAGAACUCCUAUUCAAUAUACCAUUCACCGGCAACAUUAAGCUAAAGGGUAUUAUUAUAUGCGGGGCCAAUGAUGAUUCACAUCCUAACAGGGUCAAAAUUUUUAAGAAUCGGCCAAAGAUGACAUUUGAUGAUGCACACGGCAAAGCGGAUCAGGAGUUUGAACUGACACGCGAUGUGCGAGGAGAAAUUGAAUACUCACCCAAAGUUGUGACCUUUUCCUCGGUACAUCAUUUGUCGCUGUAUUUUCCCAGCAAUUUCGGUGAUGACAAAUCGCGCAUCUAUUAUAUUGGUCUUCGGGGAGAGUUUAGUGAGGCGCAUUACCAUGGUGUCACCAUUUGUAAUUAUGAGGCCCGUGCUAAUGCUACCGAUCACAAGAAUAAGGCGUUUGAUGGCGUUGGACGCGCUAUUCAAUAAAUUUAAUUAAUAUCAUAUUUAAAACUUAAAUUUGUAAUAGGUAUUUUGCUCCAAUUACAAUAAACUUGUACAGAUUAUAAAAGA